AUGAAUGUCUUUGAGGAGCUGGCUACACAGAUAAAUCGGUCUAUUGGUUAUGAUAAAGACGCACUAAACAUCUAUUUAGGAGUUCUUCGUGAAGAGCUAGAGCGUGGAAUUGAACAGAGUCAGUUGCCGCAAGCAAUGUUUUUUACCCUUAUCCUACUUUAUGGCCUAAUGAUUUGUAUCGGAGCUAUUGGAAACGCCAUGGUAAUUGGUAUUGUAGUCGCUAGCCGAGUGAUGCGCAGCAGUCCAAGAAAUCUCUUCAUCCUUAAUCUUGCUGUCUCCGACCUGACACUAUGUCUAUUCACACAUCCGCUAAAUUUACUUAGACUCUUUGCUGCCUACCAGGAGUGGCGUCUUGGUUUGGUGCUGUGCAAGUUGACCUCCGUUUUUCAGGGGACAAACGUAUAUGUGUCCUCGAUGAGCAUUACUGCUGUUGCAUUAGACAGAUUUCAUGUAAGUCCUGAUUUCGGCUUCGAUUCAGCUUAUUAUCUGGUAUAA